GCGAAUGCCCUUUGCUUCUACAGAGCCAUGGCUGGCAGCCCUGUAAGAUUACGCCAGGUCUUGGAAGACCGUCUUCAAAAACCCAGAACGAAGUUCACACUUACACGCUGGUGCUUGACCCUCUUCAUCUUUCUGAAUCGCCCAAUUUCGGUUCUUCCUGCCACUUCAGACAUCACCCACCCUCCAACAAUAGAGCCGGAGCCAUUUCUCUACCUUUUAGGAAAACAGAGACUGUUGGAGGCACAGCAUAGAUGCUAUGACCGAAUGCAAAAGCUACCCCCGUACCAAGGAGAAGGUCUAUACUGCAACCGUACCUGGGAUGGAUGGUCCUGCUGGGACGACACACCAGCUGGAGUGCUUGCACAACAGCACUGCCCAGAUUAUUUUCCGGACUUUGAUAUAGCAGAAAAAGUUACAAAGUACUGUGAGGAAGAUGGGGUUUGGUACACCCACCCUGACAGCAACAUAUCCUGGUCCAACUAUACUAUGUGUAACGCUUUCACUCCUGAGAAAAUGCAGAAUGCAUACAUUCUGUACUACUUGGCUAUUGUGGGUCAUUCUGUGUCGAUGUUCACCUUGGUGAUUUCCCUGGCGAUUUUCAUGCUUGUUAGGAGCCUUAAGUGCCAACGGGUGACUCUGCAUAAGAACAUGUUUCUGACUUACGUUCUGAAUUCUAUCAUCAUUAUCGUGCACCUGGUUGAGGUUGUGCCCAAUGGAGAGCUCGUGAAAAGGGACCCGCCGAUCUGCAAGAUUUUGCACUUUUUCCACCAGUACAUGAUGUCGUGCAACUAUUUCUGGAUGCUCUGUGAAGGGGUCUAUCUUCACACGCUCAUUGUGGUGUCUGUGUUCGCCGAGGGACAACGCAUGUGGUGGUAUUAUGUCCUGGGCUGGGGGCUCCCGCUGUUGCCGACCACUGCUCAUGCCAUCGCUAGGGCGCUGCUUUUCAAUGACAACUGCUGGCUGAGUGUGGACACCAAUCUGCUUUACAUCAUCCAUGGUCCGGUCAUGGGGGCGUUAGUGAUCAACUUCUUCUUUUUGCUCAACAUCGUCCGGGUGCUGGUGAAGAAGAUGAAGGAGUCCCAGGAGGAGGACUCGCACAUGUACCUGAAGGCGGUGAGGGCCACUCUGAUCCUGGUGCCCCUGCUGGGGGUCCAGUUCGUCGUCCUUCCCUGGAGGCCUUCCCACCCAGUGCUUGGGAGGAUCUAUGACUAUGUGAUGCACUCUCUGAUUCACUUCCAGGGAUUCUUCGUUGCUGUCAUUUACUGCUUCUGCAACCACGAGGUCCAAGCCGCUCUGAAGCGCCAAUGGAACCAAUACCAAGCCCAGCGCUGGAACGGCCGCCGCCACGCCAACCGCGCCGCCAAUGCUGCUGCAGCCACUGCUGCUGCCGCCGCUGCCCUGGCUGAGGCUCCUCAGAUGCCCGUCUACAUCUGCCAUCAGGAGCUGAGGAGCGAGCCCGCCAGUGACCUCGGCGAGGAGGGUGCUGAGGUCAUCGCUAUGGAGGGUGCUGAGGUCAUCGCUAUGGAAGUCAUCGAGCAAGAGUCGUCCGCUUGA